GUACUCUAAUUUAAUUAAAAGAGAUGUGUUGUGAAACUUAGAGAAUUGCUGUCCUAAGAGUUAAUUCAAAUUUUGAACACAAAGUCAACACAAGUGUAGAACAGAACCGAAGAGACUAUCGGAUCGAUUGCCGAGACGUUGAAGAGAUCAGAGACUUCUCAUAAGUCUGUGACUGAGAUCUCCAGAUAUGCCUCAUUCACCCUCUGAGAGCAAUAGUCCCAAAGAUAAUCACGAUUUAAUUAAUACGUCCUUUUAUGAUGGAAAUGGUGUGGGAAUGUCAGCCACAGUCACACCAAUACUCGAUGUACACAAAGGGAGACCAGUGAGACUUCAGGUCAAAGUAAUGGUUCCCGUUCACGACCACCCAAAUUUUAAUUUUGUGGGAAAACUAUUGGGACCCAAAGGGAACUCCCUGAAGUGGCUCCAGGAUCAAACACAAACUAAAAUGGCAAUCCUUGGCCGCGGCUCUAUGAGAGAUAAGCAAAAAGAGGAAGGACUUCGUCAGACUAUGGAUGCAAAGUAUAUGCAUCUGAAUGAAGAGCUUCACGUUGAGAUAACAGCCUUCGCACCGGCACCCGAGGCCUACCUACGGAUGGGCAAUGCUUUGCAAGAAGUCAAGCGUUUUCUCGUUCCCGAUUAUUACGACGAUAUCCGACAGCAACAGCUCCGAGAGCUCGGGAUUUUGAAUGUCGACAAAAAACCAAACACUAAAUUAAGAAUAAAUGAAGGCAUCGGAGGAACGCGGCCUACAAUGAGAGACAACGAGCACAGCAUUCAUCAAAUAGCAGCUAAUGAUACGAGUCUUGCCGUUACAACACCUCCACAUCUGGUCAGUCCCAACACACCUAAUGGUUACUCCAAUAACGACUGUUUGCCUUAUAAUAUGAACGGAGAGAACGACUCAGAACUCAGUCAUUGUAGGCUGGGAUCAGAAAUCGACUUUUAAGUUAUCUUCUCGUCAUAACAAUAAAGGGCUCGUAUAUCGAGAUAAGCCCUACACUAGAAUAGCCGAUACUAUCAAUAGCUCUCUUUAUCAUUGAAUCAGUUUUCACUUGAUUUAAAAAAUAAUUUUCGCUAAAUGCAGAUUUUAAAACUUUUGUCACUUACUAACAAAAUGUAAUAUAAAAUUGUAUUAUUAUGAUUAUAAUUAUUAUUAAACCCUAAAAAUUGUACUACUAGUUUGUCGGAC